UUUCCCUUCCAGGAGUACUGCUUGCCGGGUAGUGUAAAUUACCGGUAGAUACUGCCCAUUACAGAUGCGGGGUUUACUGGAUAAUAGUCAAGAUUUUAAAAUUCCCAAAGCCUAAGAGCCUGCCGGUUUCUGAUUCUUUUAAGCCUCUUGGUCAGCGUGUUUAGAGAGGUUUGAAAUCCUAGUAAAGCCAAACCCCGAGCCAAGCGUCGGUAAUUCCAGUCAGAUGGCGGCUGGCAGGCGCCCCCUCCCCUCCCUGGAAGGCGUUUCUUCACCCACUUUUGCCGUGUCUGGCCGAGCAGCCUUCGCCUGGGCUCUCAAAGCUGCGGUCUGGGGCGGGGGAGGGAGGGCUAAUUCGUGUCAGAUGGAGGGACGCCGCGCGGGGCCCAGCGCUCUCUCCUGGCUUUUGUUCCCGGCGUCUGACUUCUGACGGGCAGAAGCGGCCGAGGAGGCGGUGCACGGCACCCACUGGCUGGCGGCCACCCAGAGCCCUUUCGGGUCUUGCGGGGUUGAGCAUUUCCUGGGACUCCCGAACGCAGGGUGCCUCGGAGGCAUCUUCUUCCCCAGACAUCGGCUGGCAAGGGUCCUAACCCGGCGGGCUCUCCGUGGACCGUAGGGGCGGCCAUGCGGCUGCGCGCCCUGACCCCCGGGCCGCCAGCUAGAUUAGCGCGCGAGGUUGGGGCGCGUCGGCGCCGGGGCCAGCCAGAAGAAUUUACCACGAGUCUGCACAGUUUUAAGAAAAAGGCUUUUAAAAAACCCAAAGCCUGUGGAGUUUGCAAACAAAUCAUUGAUGGUCAAGGGCUUUCAUGCCGAGCCUGCAAGUAUUCCUGCCACAAGAAAUGUGAAGCCCAGGUGGUGAUUCCCUGCUGUGUGCAAGUUCACCUGGAACAGGUAAGUCUUUUGCAUUGUGUUGAGGACAUUUUGUCCUCAGGUAGACUGUCUCUUGAAACUGUGCCCCUUGGGGGAGUUUUUCUGCCCAGUUCUCUCUAGGGACAUUUGACCUUCUUAUUCUUCCCCUUUGUUUUCCUUAAGAGGAGAGAAUCCAUGUGCUUUUUUGUGGGAACUUCUCUUAAGAUCAAUAAUAGGUAUCUUCAGGGCUUGAUUUCCCUGAGUCUGAGUUUCCUUGGCUCUCUUGGUGAUAAAAAUGGGGACAGUGACAGUAGCUGUCUCACAGGGUGUCUAUGUGGAAACCGUGAUGCAAGCAUUUGUGAACAUUCAGGUCUGACACCUGCCAUGAUUUUUAUCAGGUAAACACAGAAUAACACUUUCUCUUCGGCUUGUUGUUUGGUAAACAUGAAUUUCCAUUUGUUCUUUAAAUGAAACUCCUUAGAAUUUCAUAUUUCCUUGGGUGUUUUCUUUGCCUCCACCCAUUGGAGAUGAAGGGGUUAAAACUUGUUUCCAGUGACUUAUUAGCUUCUUGGACACCUGUGGGGCUCAGGAAGGUAGAACACAGACUACCUCUUAUUACAAAUCGGAAAUGAUUCUGGGGAGGCCAAUGUAAGCAGCCUUUUGCUUCUGGGGAGAGUGUACUGCCCUGCCCUGCCCUGCCUCAUCAUGAGGGAAGGAGAUACCUGCACUUGCCACCUCCUCCAGGUACCUGUAAGGUGUGCUACAUUUAUCUCCCAAACUGGAUGGGCAUCUUGUCCUUAGCCCCGAUUUUGCCACAUUCAGCAUCCAUUGGGUUCCUCUGGGUUUUUUGCCUGCCCUUCUGCCUUACUGUCUCUGUGUGCUGAGUUCAGAGGCCUCCAGACAGGAGGCUGGUUGGAAACUGUUCUCUGAGGGUUUGGCUGAAGGGUGGUGCCACAGCCUGGUGAAUCAGAGCCUCUGAGUUCAGAGCCUGGCACCACCACUAAACCUGUCUUCUUCUUUACCUAGAGGGGUUAGGGUGCUCCCUAAUCUAGCUGAUGGCAAAGGGCAGGGAAAAGGGAUUCCUGGUGGUCAGGCAUGCCACGUGUUGUUAUUGUGCUCCCUUUAAUACUAUCACAUGCUGUGGGUCUCAUUUUGCUUGUGGGGGAGCAAAAUGUACGUUAAAGGUCAAAGGAAGAUAAAAACAACACAGGUCUCCAGGAAAUCUAAAUACCUACAAACUAUGCCAGACACCUCGGUGGAACAUCAAGAGCUGAGGCCCUCAGGGAUGGCACAGACUUCUGUCCAGUUUGCCCUGCUGGCCUCAGUGCUGCCCCGAGCUGACCAGCCACUUCCUCCCCUUCACUAUUUUGUGGCGUUCAUAGCCAGGGUCCUGGGGUGUGUCUUUGUGUACUCUUGGCUUUGAUAGGCUGCAAUUUGUCUCUGUGAUGGAGGGGGAUAAGGGGCUGUGUGCCCCUCUGAGACCUUGCUGAAGCCCAUUUUCCCCAGCGUCCUAUGUGGUUGUGCCCUGUGCACAGAGACUUUCUUAUCAUCAGAUUUAUUGGUAAGUCAUAGACACCUGUCCUGCUGGAAUGCCACAUCUGUGCACCAGGUCCAAAGGGUCUCUGCAAGGGUGUCCAACUUGGCUGCUGGGGGAUUGUCACUGGGUUCCUCGGAGUCCCUAGUGUUUGGAGAGGAUCCUCUCAAUCUUCUGGACACAGCUUCGCACCACAAUAGCAUGUGAUUUGUUUUCAAUGAGUGUGGUCACUAAGACAGCUGGCUCUUUUUCCAGCCCAGCCUACUCCUCUUGCAGCUCUGUGUGUGAUUGUGUGUGUAUUAGGUAUACAUUGUUAUAUGUGUUUGAAUAUGAAGAUGUGUGUUAUUCAUGUACUUGUGUUAUACACAUAUGUACAUAUAUAUAAAUGGGAAUUAUAUAGGUACUUGUUACAUGUAUGUGAAUGUGUGUAUUAAAUAUGCAUUUGUUUAGAAAAAGAGUAAAUGUAUGUGGUAUACAGGUGAUUAAAAUAUUUUAAAUUUCUUAAAAAAUGCAUUUGUUGUGGGUAUAUAGAUAUGUAUGAGGUUUUUGUGUAAUAUAGGUAUAUGAUUGUGCAGAUGUGUGUAUCAUGCAUCUAAUUAUGUACAUGAAUGUGUAAAUAGAUGUACAUUUGACAUGUAGUUGUUAUAGGUAUAGGUGUGUAUGUUUGUGUAAUUGUCAUUUAUAUAUGAAUGGGUAUUACAUAUAUGCACUUCUUAUAUGCCUGCAUAGAUAUAUGUGUACUGUGAAUGUAAUUGUUACAUGUAUAUGAAUGCAAAAUGUGUAUUUUAUAUGUGUUUUUUCCACAUUUUUAUUGGUGAUGUGUUUGUAAUAGGUAUAUAAAUGUGUAUUAUGUAGUAAUUGUUAUACACAUGAUAUAUAGGCAUGUGUAUUAUGCAUGUAGUUGUAUGCAUGUGAGUGUGUGUAUGGUACAUGUCAUUUCUGUAUGUAUGUGAAUAUAUAAAUUUGCAUUUUGCAUGAAGUUGUUAUACUUGUCAUUAUUAUGUAUAUGUGUGUAUGUCUGUCAUUGUCAAGUAUCAAAUAUAAGUGUAUUGUGUAUGUACUUGUUAUAUGUGUAUUCAGUGUUACAUAUGUGCUCAUUAUGCAUAUGAUUUUUAUGUGUAUAUAAAUGUAUGUACCAUCAUCAUGAUAGAGACAGGUUCUAAGAAGGGCUUUCAUUAUUAGGUGAUUUUUGUCUAACAUCAUAAAAUGUACCUAAAUAAACCUGGGUGGUAUAGCCUACUACACACCUAA